AUGGCUGAGCAAUUAAAGGUUCAUGGUCGAGAGUGGCUGGGGGACAAGCCUGAGGUCCCUGAUGCAGCCAAGUGGGGGACAUGCCAGUUAGAGGAGUACAAGGAGGAUGUCAUCAUGGAGCAUUACAGCAAGGAUCCAGAGAAAUAUCUGAGUGAGAUGAGUGAACUGACACAAGUGUCAGAGAAAUAUCGUGACACCCAUCGCAAGAUGUCUUCAGAAGUGGUGAAGAGUUACCUGCCCUUCCCCUGGAUGACAAUGGAUCAGACAAAACACUAUUUCUACAAAGGCUGUGCACAUUUCUAUGUUGCCAUGGCACUACUAGAACAGAAAGGAAAAGCGCACUUACACGAGGCAGUUCUAAGCCAUGAAGAGGGGCUAAGAGUUCAUGACCUUUGUAAGCAAAUGCGAAAGAUUGACACAUUUCGUGAUGUUCUACAAAAAGUACACCCAAGACACCUAGGAUACCUCAUCUCCGCAGAAGGUAUUAGGCCAGAUCCCGAAAAGAUCGAGGCUCUGACCUGUUGGCCUGUCCCCAAAACAGUUCGGGAUGUUAAGGCGUUCUUGGGGUUUGCAGGAUUUUACAGGCGCUGGGUUCCCCAGUUCGCGCAAAUUGCCAAGCCUCUGAACGACCUUACUGUUGGAUAUGUACCACAUAAGCUCAAGAAAACAGCUAAGAAGGCGGGUGCACUCAAUCUGUCGUCAGACAUAUCUCACCUGUGGGGAGAGCGAGAACAAAGUGCGUUUGAGUCCCUGAUCAAAGUACUGACUGCAGAGCCGAUGCUGGGCAUCGCUGACCACUCCCAGCCCUUCAUCCUGCAUUGUGAUGCCAGUGGCACUGGCCUGGGAGCUGUGCUGUACCAACAUCAACAAGGCAAACUUAAGGUAAUCGCAUACGCCAGCAGAGGGCUCAACAAGACAGAAGUGAACUACCCCGCACACAAGCGAGAAUUUCUCGCUCUGAAAUGGGCGAUGACAGAGAAGUUUCACGACUACAUCUUGGGCUCCCGCGUCACCGUGGUUACCGACAACAACCCGCUUUGCCAUGUGCUGAAGAAUGCAAAGGCUCGACACACAGACGCGGACGGGUUGUCAAGGCGACAGCAGGACCCGCCAGAAGCAGAUGAAGAGUACAGAGACACCUUAGAGAAAGUUGGGUUCCUACUGGAGAAAGCGAGGAAAUUUCAAGACGAUACCCCACAAAUUGUAAAUCGAAGUGCAGUUGUGAGCAUACUGACAGCCAAGAGCGCAGGAAGGCCAGUACAUUCCAUUCAGCAGACAGCCCGGAACACCACGCCCAUGUCACGUGACAAUGACGUCACUGACAACUUCACCCCAGCCGUCGAAGCUGUCGUAAGGGACCCAAACAUGAUUCCAGACGGCAUCUUAGAGCCGGAGGGCGGGGAGCCAGACUUUGCUACCCUGACAGUCGACGACUGGCGGAGGCUACAGCAGCAAGACCCUCACAUAGCCGCUGUCUGCCAAGCGCUCACAGAAGGAACCGACCUGACAGUGACGGGGCCAGAGACCAGGAUAUACGCCAGGGAGAGGAAGAGCCUGGUGCUAGAACAUGGUGUGCUCUACCGGCGUGUGUCUGAUGCCACAUCAACCCGGGUGCAGCUGGUGGUACCCCGUUCCAUGCGACAGGAGGCGAUGAGAGGUGUGCACGAUGAGCUCUACCACACCCACUUUGACGAUGCCAUACGACACGCACGAAUGCGUUUUUUCUGGCCGUUCAUGGCGGCUGAUCUCAAGAGGAAAAUCCAGAGCUGCGAACGGUGUGUUCGCAGUGGGACUCACGCGCAGAAAGCACCCAUGUCAACCAUCGUGACAUCACACCCACUGGAGCUACUGACCAUAGAUUUUCUCACCAUCGAGGUCAAAGGGGAAAAGCAGAACAUACUGGUCAUUGUCGACCACUUUACGAAGUUCGCGCAAGCAGUACUGAAGAAAGACCAAACAGCAAGAACGACAGCCAGGGCCCUGUGGAACGAGUUCUUCAUGACUUAUGGAUUCCCCGGCAGAAUUCUGUGUGAUCAAGGUCGGGAUUUUGAGUGA